UCGCAUUUUGAAAUAAUAUAGCCUUAAAAAAAAAACACACAAAUUGUGGUCACAUAUUUCUUGAAUUUUUAUAAAACUUUCCCAUGCCAUUAAUUAUAAUAUCCGGCUUCCCAUCAAGUGGAAAAACCACUCGAGCGAAACAGCUGCAGGAGUUCCUUGCUACAAAAGGCAAACAAGUGAAAUUAAUAUCAGAGAAUGCAGCAAUCCCCAAGGCUGGUUUCAAGAAGAAUGUUUAUUAUGCUGAUUCUCAAAAGGAAAAGAUAGUCCGAAGUGAUUUGAAGUCGGAAGCAAUAAGGUUGUUAAAUAAGGAUGAUGUUGUUAUACUGGAUGCUGGAAAUUAUAUAAAAGGCUACCGCUAUGAACUUUUUUGUGCAACCAAAGCAGCUCGCGGCACACAAUGUACCCUCUUUUGUGGUAUCCAAAAAGAUAAAGCGUGGGAGUUUAAUUGUCAACGAACUGAAGAAGAAAAAGAAACGAAUCUCACCUCCGAUGAUGAUUCAAAUCUCAAUAACUCGAAUGUUCCCUAUACGAGGGAAAUUUUCGAUGCAUUGUGUAUGCGUUUUGAAGAACCUCACGGCAACUGCCGCUGGGACAAACCUUUAUUCGUCGUAUUUCCCGAAGACAAUCUCGACUGUGAGGGCAUUUAUAGUGCCCUCUUUGACUCAGCGCCAUUACCUCCAAACAUGAGUACACAAAACGCUCCCAUAAGUGCAACCAACUACCUUUUCGAAAUGGAUCAAUUGACCCAACAAAUAGUGGCAGAUGUUAUGUCGUCACGCAAAAUAGGAAUCACCGGACCGGUACCAGUUAAAGGUAGCAACAUUAAAGUCGACCUCCCAGACAAUAUUAAUGCAAUUCAGUUGAACCGAUUGCGAAGGCAAUUUCUAAACUAUAGCAAAAUGCAUUCAACUAGUAGCACUCUCGACAAAGUACCUCAGUUGUUUGUUCAGUUUUUGAAUUCAAAUUGUAACGUUUAAAAAGGUGAAAUAGUGAAAUUGAAUAAAAAAACAAAAAACAAAAUUUAUGUGUUCAUGUAAAAGAAAAGAAGAACAAAAAUAAAAAAAAAAUAAACGUAAAGCUAAUUCAUUUUUGGAGGUGAUAAUGUUUUACAAA